UUUUUAAAGACCGCAAAAUUCAUAUGCGUUUUGUUUCCCUCAGUAUUUGUAUCUUUGAAUGGCUGAUGUCUAAAGUACGAGUUCGAGUGAAAAUCUCGGAUUGAAUACGUCAGAUAAGUUUCGUUGGCAGUGCGGGCUCGGACGCCCAAAUUUAGACCAGUUGGAAUUACAACUACUUCCUACUCCUGACUGGAAAAUCGGUUAUCUGGCGUCAGUAGGACGGAGCCUGUUUCUAUAGGCCACGCAACGGACUUGCACAAAGAACACAAAGUGUGUAUGGAACAGUGUGAGAAUGCCGCGUCUCUCCUGGCGUCUGUGCGCGAGCAGGAGAUGCAGUUUGAGCGUCUGACUCGAGCUCUCGAGGAGGAGAGGAGGAGCGUGGGGCCACCCGGCACCUUGCCCCGUCCCCUCCCCACGCUGCAGAACGGGCGUAUCCCUGGUGAUGCAGAGUUAGAGCGGCUCAAAAUAAACGAGGGAUACAUCAACGGGACGCAGUACAGGAUGUUGGACCCAGGUCACCUUGUCCAGGAGAUGGUCACAGUGCAGGAGGAACCCCAGGAGACGAUGCCAGUAAUUUCUGUUGAAACUAGUGAAGAUGGCACCACACGCCGCACUGAAACAACAGUCAAGAAAGUCACUAAGACCACAACCACUCGCACAGUUAUCCCCUCAGUCUCUGACACACUCUCUCUGGAUGGCACUGGUUCUGUCACUGGUAUGAGUGGUUACAAUGCCCCAGUAGACCGGGUGUACAGGCACCCAGGACACAUGGACUACCCAACAGCUACAGUCCCUCGAAAUUACCACUAUGGGCCACCAGGAGGUUAUGAUGACUACCGCAGUGGCCCACCCUCUGAAACGUAUGCCAGCCUCAACCGCGGGGCCCGCAUGGAUGAUCGCUACAGGCCUGUGGAUGGGUACAGAACAUUGGACGCAGGCUACCGUGUCCACAGCAGGCCCCAGCUGGACCCAUACGCAGCUCAGCCACAGGUAGGGCGCAUGGGCAGCGCCAUGGAGAUCUCUGGCAUGCAGCGAUUUGUCCCAGAGCCAUACGGCCUUGAGGAUGACCAGAGGAGUCUGGGAUAUGAUGAGCCAGAUUAUGGUAUGGGGCCCCCUAUGCACUAUAGCACCAUGCCUCGACUGGGUCAUCAUGCUCCUCCUCCACGCAGGACUGGAUCAUAUGAGGGUACCCUGGAUGGGGAUAUGAGUGGAGCAGGAGAUAUGUAUUAUUGGGGAGGUGGAGCGCCGUUGGCUCAGGGCGAAAGAGGAAGCAUGGCAUCACUGGACAGCACAUUGCGUAAAGGCCCUGCCCCAACAACAUGGAGGCAACCCGAACUGCCUGAGGUAAUUGCUAUGCUCAACUAUCGUCUGGACCCAGUCAAGAGCAAUGCUGCUGCUUACCUUCAACAUCUCACCUUUAAAAAUGAUAAGGUCAAAUCAGAAGUGAGGCGCCUAAAGGGCAUCCCUGCUCUUGUGUCCAUGUUGGACAACCCAAAGAAGGAGGUGCAUCACUCUGCCUGUGGAGCUCUGAAGAACAUCUCAUAUGGAAGAGACCCUGACAACAAAAUUGCCAUCAAAAACUGUGAUGGAAUCCCUGCUUUGGUGCGCCUGCUGAGGAAGACCAGAGAUCAGGAUCUGACAGAUACCAUUACAGGGACUCUAUGGAACCUGUCAUCUCACGACUCUGUGAAGAUGGAGAUUGUGGACCAUGCUCUCCAUGCGCUGUCUGAUGAAGUGAUGGUGCCACACUCAGGCUGGGAGAGGGGUAACGAUGUAGGAGAAGAGAGCUGCAAACCUCGCCACCUGGAGUGGGAGACAGCUCUCACGAACACUGCUGGCUGCCUGAGGAAUGUGAGCUCGGAGAGAAGUGAGGCCAGGAGGAAAUUAAGAGAGUGCUCUGGCUUGGUUGACUCGCUAAUGUACAUUGUCCAUUCCCAAAUUAACUGUAAAGAUGUGGACAACAAGUUGGUGGAGAACAGCGUUUGUCUUUUAAGGAAUCUGUCGUACCAGGUGCAUCGAGAAAUCCCAGGUUGUGAGCGCUACCAGGAGACUGCACCAGUCAAUCAAGGCCCUGCCCCUGCCAAUCACAAGGGAGGGUGCUUUAGCUCCCGCAAGGGCAAAGACGAGUGGUUUUCCAAAGGGAAGAAUGAUGUUGAUGGAAUCACAGACAUAAUUGACAUUCCAAAGAGGACCACACCAGCCAAAGGUUAUGAACUGCUUUUCCAGCCAGAGGUGGUUCGAGUAUACACAUCACUGCUGAAGGAGAGUAAGAAUCCUUCUGUUCUAGAGGCUGCUGCAGGAGCCAUCCAAAAUCUCUGUGCAGGCCGCUGGACUUAUGGACGUUAUAUCAGAGCAAUGACGAGACAGGAGAAAGGAUUGCCCAUGAUGACCGAGCUGUUGUGCCAUGGGAAUGACCGUGUAGUCAGAGCCAUGUCGGGGGCACUGAGAAACCUGGCUAUUGAUGCUCGCAACCGGGACCUUCUUGGAAAGCAUGCUAUUCCAAACCUUGUGGCGAACCUGCCAGGUGGUGGGCAGAGCCAGCCUGUGCGUAAUCUCUCGGAGGAGACUGUGGUUUCAGUCCUCAGCACUCUGGCAGAGGUAGUCGGCUCCAGUGUGGACGCAGCCAAGAAUCUGCGCAGCUCACAGGGCAUUGAGAGAUUGGUGCUCAUUAACAAGGAUGGUAACCGUUCUGAUAGGGAGGUACGUGGCGCCGGCUUGGUACUGCAGAGUGUGUGGGGAUUCAAGGAGCUGCGGCGCACCCUGGAGAAAGAUGGCUGGAAGAAAUCGGACUUUGUGGUAAAUGUGAACCCUCCAAGCAACACCCGCACCAAUGGUGGCUACGGGGACAGCAGCACCCUGCCCCUCAUUGACAGAGGAGGAAAGCAGGACAGAGACAGAAACAUGAUUCCAAUGAAUGACUUGGGAUCAGACUCCUAUGCUACACUGGACCAGAGAGGACGGAGAAACACUUUGGAUGAAACUCUAGACCCUGCAGAAAAUGAUAUUCAGGGAGGGAUGUAUGGGGAGAGACGGGGCUCCAUGCCCUUGUUGGACUCAUACGAUGGUUAGGCCACUCCCCCCCUCACCCCACUCAGUGCAUGAGCGAGCAUGAAAAACUGAUAGUGUGCAUUACUCAUGGUGAGCACCCUGUUCCUGCCUACUGCCCCUGCUGAACUUGUCGCAACGGGACCACCGCCUCUAAUCAAUGACGCAAAGAAUCUCUUCCUCCAUCAUUAUCCCUUCUUUUUCUCGCUUACCUUCUGCUUCUUGAUCCGUCUACUGCGAUCUAAAUGACUGACUGCCACUAUUAGGCAAAAAGACUCUGUAGUCGUUUUUAUUUUCCUCUGGUACUUUAAAUCCAUGCCACUCACUUUUUUUCUUGCUUUUUAAUAAGAAACACAAGAUACUGAAAACACUAUGGAACUGGAGUUGGCGUGUUUUUGUUUUUUUUAAACCUUUUAAAUGUUCUCACUAUUUUAUUCUUUGACACUACAUGCAGUGCAUUGCGGUUUAAAAUGGGCAAGGUCACAAGUUGUUUCUACAUUAAGAUCUGGUUUAUGUUCCCCCUGCGUUGUUGACAAUUUUUUCCUGUUUGCUAUAACUUUAUGCUAUACAGUGAGUAUUCUUGCUACAGUUACUUUUAUAUUGUUGUUGUCUUGGCCCUUAAUGUCUUGAAACACUAAUGACCUUAUUGUAAAACUCUUUCUUUGGAGGUUAUCUGUGAGAUCGGUCUGCAUUUAAGUUUUUCGAUUUUCUGUGCUGAUGAACCUUUAUGCCAAAUUACACCACUGUCUUAUGAGUUAUAAUUAAAAACAAAAACAAUGUGUAUAUAUAUUUAGAAUAUUAAAUCAUCUCGGAACAUUUUGGGAAGGGAAAUAGGGGUCAUUUUGCAAUGAAACCAUUGGCUCACACAAAAAAGUUACCACUCAAAGCAGACACUUUUUUUUUUUUUUUUUUUUUUUUUUUUGUCUGGAAGAACGUGGUGCUAAUGUAAAUGUAUAAAAGACAUAUUACUAGUAGACAAAAUGUUGAGGGGUAAUGCUUGUGGGAAGAGAAACCUGUGUACUAAUUUUUAAUUGUCCAUAACGAAGGCAUUUCUCUAUUUUACGAUUUUGGAGUAGCUCAUAUAACACCAAAGUGGGUUAUUUGGGACAUAACCACUUGGGUCCUUAUUCUCCCAUUUAGUAGGUGUAACAGCAGGUCCUUUAUUCAGAGCUGGAGCACUCUGAAUUAUUGUUGAGCCUCUUUGCAUGAAUAAAAACAGCAGAUUACCACCACCACUCUGGUGGGCUAAUUCUUGCUUUCUGAUCCCCUUCUGAAUAUAGACAGAUGUGUAAAUAUUUUUGGCAUAUAACAUUCACUAUUCUUAGUCAGAGUGCCUCACUCAUUGAUCGGCCCUUCGGCCUUGUGUGUAUGAGUGUGAGAAAGUGUAAGUGUAGCUUUAAGAGGAAUGUGUGAGGUUUAUUAAAUUUGGCCUUCAGUGCCUGUUAGUGUUGCAUUGGGAGUGAAUGAUGGAACAUUGAGGGUGCGUUGGCUUUACAUGACAAGCGAAGUGCUCCUUCUAUAGACUGCGUAUUUGAUAUGCACAGUGUCUGAUGUAGAUAUUUGCUAAGUGGAUACUCUAGCACUAGGAGUUAAGUGUUUGUUUUUUUUUGUUUUUUUUAUAUAUAAACCCCAAAUGGUUUUUAAACCCAUCUUUCCCACCUAUGAGACUCUGCAGUUCAGUCUAGUUAAUUUACCAAUUAACAUAAGCGUAGGUUUUAAGCAGGAGGUAUUCAGCAGCAGGCCGCAAAUCGGUGGACAUUUUUGAUGUUGAGGAAAGUACAAGACUUUCUAAAAUCUUGACACAAUUGCAUCUACUACAAGCAAAAUUAAGGGAGAGAUCAGAUUCUGAUUCUAGCUUGGUAUUUAGAUAGAAAAAUUAAAGCACAUUUAACUAUAUAUACCAGAGAAUAUUUGUUAAUUUUAAUUAUUUGUUUCCUCACAUUUGUGUCGUUUCUUUUUUUUUUUAUAUAUAUAUUUUAUGAUUGGGCUCAUUUGUUUUUCUGGGGUUAUUGUGGGUGAAUACAUAUGCAAUCAGUUUUAUUUUUAAUUAAAUGCAUUUACAGUUUAUACCUUAAUUAAAAACGAAGUAAGGAAAAAAUGGUUUGUGUCAUGUAUUGUUGGUUGUGCUACACUUUAUAUGCAACAAAAUCAGAUCAUUCUCUUAAUUUCAUCUAUCUGCCUUGGCUCUUAAGAUAUCGCACCUUUGUUUCAUGGAUUAAAUGUGUAACGUAGCAAUACCGUUUUUAAUAAAAAUGAUUUUUCGAA